CUCCUUGGAGUAGGUAUGAAGAUUCUUUUAAUUUCCAUUUUUAAAUUGUUGCUUGUUUGCUAAGAGGAUGAUGAUGAUAACUCCUCUACUUAAAUCAAUUGGUUAAUAUGUUCACUGACUUUUUCAAAAGCGCCUCUUUUUUGCAACUUAUAGACAGAAAGUCAGUGGAUACUGAUCAAAACAUAGAGCUACUUCUCAACACUUUAGAGAGAAAGAGGUUAUUGAAUUGAAAACAUGGGUAUUGAAGCUAGAAGUGUUGCUGUAGUUUUGGUUUUGUUGAUCAUUCAAACCCAAGCAACGAAGAAUUGGCAUGACACAAUACCAUCCAAACCAACAGAGGUUUUCGGCAAAGAGAAGGUAACAAACCUGCACUUUUACUUUCAUGACACAAUAAGCGGAAACAAUCCGACAGGGGUCGUGGUUGCUAGAGCUAAUACAACAGCUCAAUAUCCGACGGUGUUUGGCUUGUUGGCAAUUAUAGAUGAUCCGUUAACAGUAGGACCUGAAAUCACUUCGAAACUUAUUGGUCGAGCUCAAGGUCUAGUAGGGUUUGCAUCACAGGAAGAACUUGCUUCACUCAUGGCACUUAGUUACGUCUUCACAGAUGGUAAGCUCAACGGGAGUACAAUUAGUAUCGUCACCCGGAACCCCAUUAUGAACCCAGUUCGUGAGUUUCCUGUCGUUGGUGGAACUGGAUUGUUCAAAUUUGCUCGUGGAUUUGCAAAUGUUAAGACAUACUGGGCUAAUGCCACCUCUGGAGAUGCUAUUGUCGAAUACAAUGUAACCAUUAUUCACUAUUAAUCCAAUGUAUUUACUAUUUUGUGUGAGCGCUUUCAUAAUCAUCUCAAUUGUGGAAAACAUAAUAAAAAUUGUAUUUCAAGUAAAGUCACUAUGUGCUAAUAGUCCAAAAGUACACCAAAAAUAAUUUGAUGCUUCAACUCA